CGUCAUUCUACGCCAUGUUUGCGCCACAGUUGCUUGAGAUGUUUUGACGAUGAAUUCUGUGUUUAAAGAUACGCCGUCUGGUUAUGGUCUUUGUAUAGUCAUCUUUUCAAAGGUCAUCAUCAAACAGAGUUAUUAAGGACGUUCGGAUAAAUGGGUUGCCGGAAGAGCAAACAAAUAGAGCCAGGAAAGGUUAUAGUUCAAGGUCCACCAUUAAACCCCCGAGACAUCUACAGGCUGAAGAACUCAUGGAAAGCAAUCCAAAGAGAAAUCGAGGAAACGGGAAACGUUAUGUUUAUAAAGUACUUCCCAUCAGAUUCCAAACUGAAGAAGCUGUUUUGGAAACUUACAAAGGUUGAUGACGAGGAAAAGAUGACUAUGGUUCUACAGGCACACGCUAACGUUACGAUGGCGAUACUCGACACAUGCAUCACUCAUAUGGACGAUGCCAACUACGUCUCGUCGCUUUUAUCGGCGACACGAUUGAUACAUAUUAAAUACGCUGGAUUUACGCACAUUUAUUUUUGGAAACUGAAGGAGCCCUUUUUAGAAGCUGUAUCGCUAAUACUGCAAGACAGGUACACCGAAUCCAUUCAAAGGAUCUACAUCAUUGUCAUUAACUAUAUCCUCAUGUCCUUGUCUGGUGGAUUACUAGAUGAUGAUAUUUCUUGGGAUUAUGAAACCAUAAGGCAGGAAAUAUUAAGCAGCUCGAGUAAAACUAACGUCACCGAUUUGUCAUUUUUGGCGAAAGAAAAUCUGCUUUUGAACGUUUCGCGCACCAAACAUGAGAGUUCCAAGCUUACUCAGUAUGGCAUUCCUCAGAAGUAGCGAAAUAAUAAUCUUGAUCGUGUAUUAGAUAUGCAUGUAUUCACGGAACAUCCAGACUGCUUAGUAACUCGGUUGAACUGAUUUUACGGAGAUGUGUAUAUAUACUAUAUACAUACUAUACCACACACAGAUUCGCUUCAUCGUAAACAAGGUAAAGAGGUCCAUGCUGAUGACAACCAUGUAUUGAAUAAUAUGAACGAAAGCCAAAUGGUAUUUUCCGUGUGCAUUUUAUUCACAAUUAUUAUACCAAGACACACCUGUGACAAUAUCCAAUUACUGUUGAGAUUUCCAGAAAUCAGAACAUUACAAUGAAAUAUUUUGGAAACCAGACUGUUGUCAUGAAAGCUUUCACCCAAACGGGAAUAUUAGCCAUGGCAUGUUUAACAAACCGACAGAAUGACAAUGACGUGUUUUCUGCAUGAGCCAUUUGGGUGGCAAAUAUUUAAGCAAGUCUUAUACAGUCCUAGAACGUUAGCAUCAUUUGGCAUGUAUCAAUUAUUAUAAUAUGAAAAUAUUUUUAAAUGUUUCGUAUUUCCCCCGUAAAGUUGUUUUAAAAUGUCUGUAUCAGUACUCAAUAAAAUUACGGCGAGUACACCUUUCGACAAAACUACGGACAAAAAGGAGUACUUGGCAAUGUGACUAUAUUAAAGCUGUAAUCUCGCGAUGGUUUCUUGAUGCCAAAUACAACUACAAUAAACCCGUAUGCUUUCGCUGUCAAGUGCAAAUCUGGCUUUAUGCGACAGACACGUCUGUGAACAUGUGGGUAUGUUGCCCUGCCCCACCCAACCCCUCCCAUUUUGACGACAUGAACUAAAUUAGUUAAUGGUUAUCCCGCCAAAAUGAGCCCCCCCCCCCCCCCCCCCCCGACACACACUUUCGUUUUUGGUACAAACUUUGAUUAUGUCAGAGUGUACCCACAACGAGCGUGUUUGAAUCCUAAUUGGAUGCAAGUACGUUAAACCUAUUGAUUGGUUGAUUGAAAAAUGGUGUACCAGAGGAAGUUAAAUAAUGUGGAUGAUAUAUUCUAAAUGCAAGGCCGCCGGAACGAUUGUGACAUUAGGGCGGCGGACUAGCGAAUUUGCUAGGGGUGCCCUGGGGCAUGCUCCCCCGUGAAAAUGUUGUAAUGUAGAUACUGGAAAAACGAUUUUAAUGGCUUCUGGACAUUAUACAUAAUCUUUGAUUGUGAUAAAAUUUGUUUCUAUUCUAUAUAAAAAGAAAUGCAAAUUAUAUAGUAAAACAUUAAGUUACUUUUUAGAAAGUUUAUAAAUGCAUUCAGGCAACACCACUGGAAGGCGCUUCUUUUCAUAACCAUUGAGGGUGUAUCUCCGAUGAAGUAACAGAUAUGCCAUUUGUGGGUGGGGUGUUUUGCAUUACCGGUACUCAAAAUGUGGCUAAGAGGAACACUCUUGUCGUGACCACAGCAAAAUGCAUUGCCUACAGAUUUCAUAUCCAAGCUGUCCAAUCUGUCCUUACGUACAUGCAAAAGCGUCCGGUGAUUUAACCUUUUCUGUCACAUACUGGUACGUAGGUAUGUACUCUUCGCAAGGCCGAAAACGAAAGUUCGCUGGUUGCGGGCAUCAUCAAAAGUAUGUUGAUCAGUGUCAUGAUUUCAGAGAAAUACCAAAUAUAAAGUUAGUUCCAUAAAAAACCGAUUCAUUUUACAAUGGACAUUACCAUAUUGAGGUUUUAGAUUUGCGGGUGUUAUUGUCUAUCUGAUGCCCGCAAAUAUUUCAUUUUGACCUCAGGCUAACGCCUUCUGUCAAAAAUUACAUUUGUGGGAUCAAAUAGACAAUGACAUUAGCAAAUCUAAAAACUCCAUAUGGUUAUCUCUUAAAUGAUUAUUUAGCAUAUCAUGGCAGGCGUAUCGGAUAGGGAUAUUAAUUAUGUAGAUCUAUAUACAAAUCUAAUACAUGUAUUAAUCUAUAAUGACAAAACUUAUUUGGACCCAGACUGUUUUGCAAUACAAAUACAAUUUUGUAAAGAGGUAAAAUCCUUUGGAUGGGGAUCUUAACUGGUCAAAUUAUUGGAGCGGCGGCCGCUGCCCCUGCCACCACUGCCACCCCAGUUCCGGCGGCCAUGAAAUGGUUAUUUAUUUAGUAUUUUUGUUUUAUUAUUAUUAUUAUUCACCCGAGAUUGCAGCUUUAAUACAGUUUACAGACAUCAGGUCAAACCAGAUGCGGACAUUUUUAGCUAUUUAUUUGUGCUUAGAUGUGUUCUUCGUGGAAUAAUUAUAUUAUUGAAAGUAUACGCACGUUAAUGUGUUCCUACAAACGAAGACACAGUUUAUUGAAUACAAUUUUGACUUUACUACGACAUUAUAGGUGUAUGUUGCACAAUGUACUUAAACGUUGGUUGUGCAUUACACCUGAAUAUCACCUAGGAUAUAUUACAUACAGGUGUGACACACAAUCAAAGUGAAGCUAUACGGACGGAGAUCUGAUAGGAUGCUAUGCAAUAAUAAAUUGUUUUGUUAUUGGUUAUAUUUUUGACUUAAUGACUUUACUAAUGUGAUAGUAUAGGUGUAUUUUGUUAAAUGUUCUUUGGGUGUACAUUACACUUAGCCGGAUGAACAUUUGCACUUGGAAUGAAGCUGUAUCGACAGAUAGAUUGCUGUGUAACAAAUAAAUUGUUUUGUUAUUGGUUAUUAUUAAUUAAAAUAAUUCAGAAUAAAAAA